CUUGAACCCAUUGCCACACCUAAAGAUUUUAUUUCUUUUUCUUUUUCCUUGAAGAAGAAGAGUGAUUAUUUUCUGGGUCACCUAUCCAUGCAAAGAACAAGAGCUAAUUCAAAUCAAAGUUGCAAUCUUUAUAACAAUCUUCAAAGGAAUUUCUUCUUUGCAGGCUUUUGCGAUUGGGCUGUUUUUGAGAUAGUGCUGGUAAUUAUCUGGGUAUUGAUUUUUCUUUUGGAUGUUUAGUAUUUCUCUCGGAGGUGGCGUGGGUUUGUUAUGUAGGCUUUAAAAGCUAGGUGCUUUAGAUGCAUAUGAAUCCAGAUUGGAUGCUUUACAGAGUUUUCUGGUGUCUGAAAUUGGCGGAGAUGAACUUAUGGAGAUGAAUUGGUGCUCUACUUUGUUUACUUUCUUAUGUGGAGAAAGUUCCCUUCUUUGCACUAAAAUGGUAAAUGAAUAAACAACUGAGGAUCUGGAAUUCAUCUGUUGCUGUGGAUUUGAGUUUGGCUCUCCAUUGCUUUUCUUCAAUAAAACACUUUAAGAAACAGCAUAGAGGGCAUCUCAUAUCACAACAAGGGAUUAUCAUUGUAUUUAAAAAGGCUUUAUAUGUGUUUAUCACUGAACACAAGAAGAUGCAACGAGUUCGUUUGUCAUCUCAACAGGCACCUGUUCAUAAGCUAGGGGAUUCCCAGAUGACAUUAUCUCCUAAAUUUAGAUUAGCUGUGGUUCAAUCUUCCUUGUUAAGUUCUUCAUCAGAAUCUGAGUUAGCUCUUCAAGGUGAACCCUUUAUACCUGGGCUUCCUGAUGAUGUUGCCCUUAACUGUCUUCUUCGGCUUCCAGUCCAGAGCCAUGCAUCCUGCAGAGCUGUUUGCAAGCGAUGGCAUUUACUACUUGGUAAUAAGGAGCGUUUCUUCACCCGUAGAAAGGAAUUAGGUUUCAAGGACCCAUGGCUCUAUGUUUUUGCUUUCCGUAAAUGCACUGGAAAGAUUCAAUGGCAGGUUUUAGAUCUUACCCACUUCUUGUGGCACACUAUCCCAGCAAUGCCGUGUAAGGACAAGGUCUGCCCUCAUGGAUUCAGGUGUGCAUCAAUACCCCUUGAUGGUACACUCUUUGUUUGUGGCGGUAUGGUCUCUGACGUGGAUUGUCCGCUUGACUUGGUUUUGAAGUAUGAGAUGCAAAAGAAUCGCUGGACUGUAAUGAAUCAAAUGAUUGCAGCUAGGUCAUUUUUUGCAAGCGCGGCAAUUAAUGGGAUGAUCUAUGUAGCUGGAGGAAACAGUACUGAUCUUUUUGAGCUGGACUCAGCAGAGGUUUUUGAUCCUGUCAAGGGAAAUUGGCAGUCAAUUGCUAGCAUGGGAACAAAUAUGGCAUCUUAUGAUGCGGCAGUUCUUGAUGGGAAGCUUCUUGUGACAGAAGGCUGGUUGUGGCCAUUCUAUGUCUCUCCUAGGGGUCAGGUUUAUGAUCCAAGAACUGACAGAUGGGAGAACAUGGCUGUUGGAUUAAGAGAAGGCUGGACCGGUUCAAGUGUGGUAGUUUAUGGGCGCUUGUUUGUGGUUUCAGAGCUUGAGAGGAUGAAGCUCAAGGUUUAUGAUAUGGACAAUGAUUCAUGGGAAACAAUAGAAGGGCCACCUUUACCAGAGCAAAUUUGCAAACCCUUCGCUGUGAAUGCCUGCGAUUGCAAAAUCUAUGUUGUGGGCCGAAAUCUUCAUGUUGCUGUGGGUCACAUCACUAAGUUGAAGCAAAAUACCACUUGUGGGAAAAGGUGGAGCUUCAGUGUCACAUGGUAUGUAGUAGAUCCGCCAGAUAUUUUUUCUGACUUGACACCUUCAAGCUCUCAGGUUCUGUUUGCUUAGCUUUUCUGUGAUAUUUGUAUCUCAUCACAUGCUCUUAAAUAAAUUGUAACUAUAUGCAUUUUGUGAAAGCCAUAGCAUUCUAAUGGCUGUGUUUAGAAGAACUGUAUCAAUUUAUGUUUGCUCCUCUUUAGUUUGUUAUAAUGUUUGCUCCCUGCGUUUUGUAUGUGAUAUCUAUCUUGUUGAAGCAAUUUUUUUUCCA